GGUGGGCAGGGCUUGAGGAGGUGCCCUAGGAGCUCCGCCCCCAAGAUCCCUGUGCUUGAACAGGAUUUAUUUGCUGACUUUGCCAUCCUGAAAGAAGAUGGGAAAGGGCUACAAAGUUGUGAUUUGUGGAAUGGCAUCAGUGGGAAAAACAGCAAUUUUGGAGCAGCUUCUCUAUGGAAAACAUACUGUGGGUUUAGAAGAGGGUGCAACAGUGGAAGAUGUGUAUUUGGCUUCAGUCGAAACAGAUCGUGGGGUAAAAGAACAGUUACGUCUCUACGACACUACUGGUCUGCAAGAGGGAGUAGAGUUUCCAAAGCAUUACUUCUCUGUUGCUGAUGGUUUUAUUCUUGUGUAUGCUGUGAACAGCCUUGAAUCCUUCCAGAGAGCAGAAGUGAUCAAAAAAGAGAUUGACACAGUGAGAGACAAAAAAGAGGUGACAAUUGUUGUCUUAGGAAACAAAACUGACCUUACAGAGCAAAGACAAGUGGAAACAGAAAUAGCACAGCAAUGGGCAAAGGCUGAGAAGGUCUGUAUAUCUGGAUGCUUGGCUCUACAGCUACUGGAUGUGUAAUGGGCUGUGACACAACAGUAUUUCUACAAGAAGCCCUGCCUAGUGACAGACACCAGCUUAACUGUGCAAAGUUAUUGAAAAGGACACUCUCGGGUGCCCUUAGCUACUUCUCCAAGAAAUUACUUCUUGGAGUGGUAUUGAAACACUAUCAUUACUCCAAGUUGCACAAGCCAACCCCCUUAAGAUGGAACUAGUGCAUGGAACAGGUCCUUGCAAUUUGUUAAUACCAAUUUACUGCUGAAAUUUACAAAGUAAGAACUGUCAACUGGGAGUAUUUUAGGGGGGGUGGAGGUGGGAAAGGGGGAAGCAACAUGAUCGGCAUACUGAAUAAGGCCCUCUGAGCCUAUGAGAAAUAUUUCAGUAUUUUAUUUUGCAUUUCAUUUCUAGUUUAAACCCAAAGAACUGUCAAUACAAAAAACACACCUCAAUGAUUUAAAAUUAUCAUUCAGUAAAAACCCGAUGACUUCAAAAAUAUUAUUCAUAAUAGUCUUAGAAAUGUCUUAUACCCUAUUAAGCUUCCAAUUAGUUAUUAAUGCAUGCAAGGUGCUUUCAUUUCCACAGAUGUAGUAGUAUAUUAAUAGAAGUUUGGAUUAUAUAUAUCUCACAUCUUUGUAAAACAUUAGUAGACAUUUCCCCAAUAUUUUAUUAAAAAGUGAUGCAUGUAGCUUACCUUUCAAGCCUUUCAUUUCAAUUAACAGUAUGAAAUAGCUGGCAGAUUUCAAUUUUUAAACAGCAUAAUUGAUUUCUUAUAAAGAAAAGAUUGAAAGGGGGAGAUGCAAGUCAGUUACAGAAUGCAACAUUACUUGGGUUUAAAUUAGGAUUAGGUACUAUCAAGUGGCUCAAUACCCAAGUGCUUAUUAGAAAAGUGAUGGUACUUGAAUGUAGUUUAAAUGCAGUGGCAUUAACGUCAGUGAAGAUACGAAAAGAAGUCAAAGGUGAGGGAUUACAUUUUUUGCUUAAAAUCCUUUGCAAUUAUCUGUUUAAAAAGAACACAUCAAUAUGUAGAUAUAUGGUGCAUAGGCACAACUGAUACCUCUAAUAAUCUGUGCCACUGCUAUACUCAAAUUAAGUGACUAUAACAGAUGGAUGCAACAUUUAGCAGUUGUCAAACACUUGGCCAUUCUGAAGACAAUUUAAAAUAAUAUAAACUGAUUCCACUACAAAUAGCUACAAUAUAGUGCAUUAAAUCCAAGAGCCAAUAACCCUCUACCUCCAGAACUUUUGGGGGGAGAGUUUUGUGGAGGUUGGGGGUGUGUUAAAAGACUGAGGCCCAGAUCAACAAAAGGAUUUAAGUGCCUAAAUGCUACAUAUGUCCAAUAUUCAUGCAUCACUGAGAUCCUCAAAACCCCUACUUGGGUGCUGCCUAACCCUGGAGGCAUCUAAAAUCCUGCGGUUAAAUUUUCACUGUUAAAAUCCUCCAUGUGCCUAAAUUUCUGCCACUGGGCACUGCCCUUAUUCUAAGGGUUAAUCAAUUUAUGGAUGUCACUUAAAAUGCCAUCAACCACCUUAGGUCAACUUGACAGGAUGGCCUGAGAAAAGAAUUUCAUUAGCCACAAUUAAUUUCAGUAGCCCAUGGAAAACUAACAAAUAUUUCAAUUAGGACCAUGAGGAAUACAACCAUUAACUCUCUCACAAAUCCAGAGCCCUAUUUUUGAAUUGAAUCUAAAGCAAAUUGGCCAAGCUGUUUUGGAGUUACAUGUCUCUGGAAAACAAAGACGAGAACAAAAAUGCUUUAGAGACUACCCAUUCCAGAGAUCCAGAUCAAACCUACAUGCAAGCAAACACCACACUGGAAGAAUUUGGGUAUUCCCAGGCAAAACAACCUCAGUCAUUUCUGCUCUAAUGCUGCUAAAUUAGACGGUGAUGGCAACACUCUUAACUGAACACCAAACAAGUUGCAAACAGGAGCAAUAAUUUUGAAGUGAAGAUAUUUUUUAACUUAUUACAUAAAAUAAAAUGGAUUGGACUUAGAAAGGCCAUGGUUUCUAUGGCAGAAUUCUUUGUUUUAUUUUAUUAAAACACAAAAAUGCAUCAUGGUUUGACCAUUUGGUUUUAUGCAACUUACAGAACUGUCUCUAGUACAGUGAUACAAAUUUUCUGUUUAAAAUAAUACUCAAAACAUACAGACUAAAAUAAUAUCUCUCUUCUCUACCCUAAUACCUAUCUUUUUAUUUUGUUUUACACUUUAAAACAAAUAAGUUGUUUGGUUAUCACUGUAUUAUGAAGCUACCUAU